AUGGCCGCAGGUCUCGUCACCGCAUCAUGGUACGCGCCGUCCGAGGCGUUGACCUCGUCAACGGGACCCACGCCGGUCAAAGUUGACCUCGUCGCCUCGUCAGUCCUCUCGGCUUCGUCCGUCGCUUCGUCGCUUUCCAGCUCCGGCGACUCUGCCGCUGCUGUCGCUAAACCCGCGAAACCGGUGCCGGCUGCAGUCCAUGCACCUCCCGCUUCCCGCGCCGCUGCUACAUCCAUUGCCCCGCGCGCCUGCCCCUGGCCGCUCGUGCUGAGCGCGUACGACGGCGUGCUCGACCCCGACCUGUUCGAGGCAGCCGGCGAGUUAGGGCGCGGCGGGUUCGGCACGGUGAUGGCGAUGCGGCACGUGGAGAGCGGCGAGGUGGUUGCGGUGAAGCGCGUGGAGCGCAAGCAGCUGGUGGCGGCGUCGAACGAGGCGAUGCUGUCGGCGUCGCUGAGCGAGUGCCCGGGUGUGUUGGGCGUGCGCGAGGUGCAUCUGGCCGACCAGCACGCGUACAUGCUCUCCGAUGUGUGCCAUGGCGGCGACCUCCGCGCCCUGCUGCAGCGACGCAAGGCUGCCGCAAGCAACAGCACGGGGGACGCGGGGAGAGGCAAGGGGAGGCAGUGGUGGGGGAAGGCGAGCGGGGAAGGCGGGCGGGGAGGGGGGAUGGCGGAGGCGGAGGCGCUGGAAGUGGUGAAGCACGUGGGCGACGCCGUGGCGUUCUGCCACGAGCGAGGCGUGGUGCACUGCGACAUCAAGCCCGACAACAUCCUCUUCACAUCGCCCACGCCCCUCUCCGCGCCCCUGCCUUUCUCCGCCGCCGCUGCUCCUGCUGCUCCUGCUGCGCCUGCGCGCGCCUCUCCUGCAGCCCUCAGCCUGUCCGCGCCCGUCUCCUCAGCGCGCACCUCCCCCCGCCUGGCCGCCGGGGCAGUGCGGCUGGCGGACUUUGGGUUGGCGCAGGUGGUAGCGGAGGGGCAGCGCGGGUGCAGCACUCCCGCAGGCACGCCCGGGUACAUGGCACCUGAGGUGGAGGCUCUCUGCCGCCCUCGCUGCCCGCCCGCCAAGCACGCCAGAAAAGCAGCGGGGAGAGCAGAGGCAGGAAGCGCAGAGGCAGCGGGGUAUGGGCGCGCAGCUGACGUGUGGUCGCUGGGGGUGACGCUGUACGAGAUGAUUGCGGGCGAGCGACCGUACUCAGGGGAGGCGCCUCAGCAGGAGUGGCGGGCGCGUGUGGAUGGGGCUGCGUGGGAGGGCGUGUCUGAGGAAUGCCGCGCGCUGGUGAGCGGCAUGCUGAGAGUGCGCGCGGAGGAGAGGGUCACCAUGGCGCACGUGUGCAACCACCCCACCUUCGGGGGCAGCGGGGGGAGCAGCGCGGGGAAGAGCAGGAGUGGGAGGUGGUGGUGA